UAAACCCUGAUGAACAUUUUAGGGGCUGCAGUGGAAUUUCUUGAUGUCAAAAGAGGAAGAAGACAAAAAUAUAUAUAUAUCACAGCCUGAUUUUUAGUCAGAGAGCAGAGAAUGCAGAAGUUAUGGACUGAAAGAAGUAGAAGAAACACCCACGUGUGCAGCCAGAGCUGUAGGAGAGUCUGGGGCAUCAUGGCCGCGUGUCCGGAGCUCAGCUUCAAUGUGGAUCAUGGAUAUCUGGAGGGUCUGGUUCGAGGGAUGAAAAGUGGGAUUCUGACUCAGACCGACUAUCACAAUCUGGCCCAGUGUGACACACUCGAAGACAUGAAGCUCCACCUUCAGGCUACCGACUACGGCAAGCUGCUGACUUCAGCCGAGGACGACUUGACUGUUUCUCUGGUCGACUUGAAGCUGAGGCAGAAUCUGAUGACGGAGUUCAGCUGCCUGCGCUCCAACGCCCUGCCGCCGCUCUCCACCUUCCUGGACUACAUCACUUACAGCUACAUGAUCGACAACGUGGUGAUGCUGAUCUCCGGGGCCCUGAGGCACAGGGAGGUGGCGGAGCUGCUGCCGCGCUGCCAUCCGCUGGGCGCCUUCGACCAGAUGGCGGCCGUGGGCAUCGCUCGCACCCCGACCGAGCUCUACUCAGCCAUCCUGGUGGACACGCCACUGGCUCAGUUCUUUCAGGACGCUGUGUCCGAGUCCAGCCUGGACGACAUGGAGGCUGAGAUCCUGAGGAACAAACUGUAUAAGGCAUAUUUAGAGUCUUUUCACAGCUUCUGCCAAAACAUGGGAGGUGCCACGAAGGACGUGAUGUGCCCCAUCCUGGAGUUUGAAGCAGACCGGCGGGCCUUCAUCAUCACGGUCAACUCCUUCGGGACGGAUCUCAGCGGCGCCGACAGGAGCUCGCUCUACCCGUCCUGUGGAAAACUCCAUCCCGAGGGACUGCGGCUCCUCGCCAAGGCGGAGGAGCACGAGCAGGUCAAGGCCGUGGCCGACUCCUACCCUGACUAUAAAAUCAUUUUUGAAGAUCCGGAGCCAGGAUCUGAUUUCAAGACUCUUGAGGACCGAUUCUUUGAACAGGAGGUAAAGCAUCACUUUUACUCAUCUCAGAGUCUCGUCCAGGUGAUUUCUGCGUUCGACCCAAAGCAACACAUUUCACACGUGUUGUUUAAAACCGUUUAUUCUCCUCAGGUCAAGCUGAAUGCACUCGCCUUCCUUCAGCAGUUCCACUUCGGAGUGUUUUACUCCUACGUUAAACUGAAGGAGCAGGAGAGCCGCAACAUCGUCUGGAUCGCCGAGUGCGUCACGCAGAGACAGAAGUCCAAGAUACACAACUACAUUCCCAUUUUCCAGUGAGCCCAUUCUUUUGGCAAAACGGGGGGGAAAAAAAAGUGUUUUUGGCACACAACAAUGAAAUGGAUGCACUGAAUGGAGUUAGAAAAUAAAUGUGUGACCCAGGCGCUGUGG